UUUUCAGCCUGUUAUUAGACUCUAAACUUUCUGUGGCUUUUCUAUUUGUUUAUUUUUUAUUUUUGAUGUGGCCCAUUUUUAUUUUAUUUCUACUAUGAAAUUAGAUUUUCCCCCCUGGUGUUCUGCCAAUUCUGUAUUUUCUGUCACUGUAUUAUUUGGUUUUCUCGUUUCAGGGACCUGAAAGCUAUCAUGAAAUCCCCACCCUAUGGGAUAUUUGGGGUUCCUGAUGAGAAUGACUUCCAGAAGUUCCAUGCUAUCAUCACAGGGCCGGAUGAAACCCCAUACGAAAAGGGUUUCUUUUAUUUUAUUCUGACCUUUCCGGAUGAUUACCCUCUUACCCCACCUGCAGUGCAGUUUAUGACGACUGGGGGAGGGACUGUUAGAAUGAACCCGAACCUGUACGCCUGUGGCAAAGUAUGCCUCAGCCUUUUGGGGACUUGGCAUGGUCCUUCCUGGAGCCCUGCUCAUACCCUCACGUCUGUUCUGAUAAGCAUCCAGACCUUACUCAACAAGGAACCAUACUGCAAUGAGCCUGGACAUGAAACUGAAAAAUUUCCUGGUGCUAUAAAUCAGUACAACGAAGUGAUCAUGCAUGAAACCCUGCGUGUAGCAGUGGUGGGCAUGGUCAGGAAUGAUACAGCACUAACUAUUCCAAUUGCUCUAGAGCUCCACAUGCAGCAACAGUUCAUAAGAAAUAUUGAAUUUUAUUUGUGCCGAGCGACCCAGAAGUCUGCGCUUUCAGGCAACCCUAUCAAGGUAAAAGCAAUUGUUCUCUCAAUCUGUCAACCUAAGAAAAUGGUGUUAGAGUGAAGUUUCGAAUGUCGUCCUUUUUCAGGACCCA